ACUAUUCUAAAGCCUAAAAUACUGAAGUGAGAAACAAAUGGUGAAGGGAGAUGUUGAGGAAUUAGAGCAUUUCUCUAUUCACCAAUCUGGGCAGUCUCUUCUCUAUAGCAUGAAUUUAAAGCAGGUGAGAAAUGGGCCACUUUCAUGGGAAAGCCAAUGUUCCAUCUGCUUGUCCAGGAGUUGAUAAAUAGAAACAAGCUAAAAUGUGCGUAUGGCGUUACAAAGAAAAAUGAUUUACAGAAGGAAUUUCUCCAUGUAUAUCAGAAGUGUAAAGAGAGAGGGUCAUUCUCCUCCUCUAAAGAUUUUGUGACUCCUACUCGUACACCAUUUGCUCAGUCACUAGCAAUCUUCAUUACGUUAGAGAAUGGCCCGGGCCAAUCUUUAAUAUCCUUCAUUUUCAGCCUCAACAUUCUGCAAACUAUCACUGCCCUCGUUAUAAUGAGCAAACUCAUUAGCUGUUCUUCUUCCUCAGUACGAAUCCAAUUCCAAACUAGACUCCAUCUCUUGACUAUCAUUCCUCUGAGGGGCCGGAAGUUUUCUGGAAUUAUAUUUAUAUCUCGAGUUUGAAUCCAUUGUAAAUAAAGACAAUAGAUCUUCUGCAAUCAAUCUUCCCUUCACCAGGCUUUAAAUUAAGAUUUGAUUUGGAUAAUUUAUUUUAAAUAAAAAGAUUAAAUAAAAUUUGGGAAGA